AUGCGUGUCCAAACAGCUUGUCUCGGCCUUGUCGCCUCUCUCCCCACGGCCUUUGCAUACUGGCCCUCUUACUAUUCCCAGAAUGUCAACGUAUACAGCAAUCAGCAGCCUGAUGUGACCAUUGAGACUCUAUUCCAGUUUCCCAACAAUGGCUCAUGGAUCUCCAACUUGGUGACACGCCGCGAUGGCAGCCUGUUGCUGACCCGCCUGGACACCCCUGAGGUCUGGACCCUUGAUCCUACCAACGGAAGCGCUGCCAUGCUUCACAGCUUCCCCAUGGUCACCAGCUGUUUCGGAAUCAGCGAGAUCGAGGACGACGUGUUUGCCGUCGUGAUUGGCAACUUCUCCUCCAAGACCUAUCAGCCAACCCCAGGAUCUUUCACCGUGCAAAAGAUCGAUUUCACCAGCGCUAGUGCGAAAACAAAGCGCGCAGAGGCGCAACACACAGUUUCCGAGAUCGCUGCCAUCCCCGAGGCCGUUGCUCUGAACGGCAUGACCACUUUCAGUCGCGAGUCCCACUUGGUCUUGAUUGCAGACAGCCCCGUGGGUCUGGGGUGGAAGGUGAACACGCAGACCGGCGAGUACUCCGUGGCCCUGAACAACACCAAGCUUCGACCGGCCGAGGGCGUUGCUCUCCCCCUUGGGGUCAAUGGACUGAAGGCUCUCAAUGACUACGUCUACUACUCCAGCACCACCCGCAUGGAGUUUGGUCGUGUAAAGGUCGAUAGCGAGGCCAUGCCAGUCGGAGACUAUGAGACCAUUGCCAGUGGAUUCCUCCCCGAUAACUUCGAUGUCGCCUCUGAUGGCACCGCAUACGUUGCGACCGACCCCCAGAACUCGGUCGUUCGUAUCACUCCCUACGGUCAGAUUGCUCUCGUCGGCGGUGGUCAGCUCUCUACCAAGAUGCCCGGCGCUACUUCCUGUCGUCUCACGAGCGAUGAGAAGACUGUCUACGUCGGCACCAGUGGUGGUCAGGUCGCGCCUGUUCUGGGCCAAUUCAUGGAACCUGCCAAGGUUCUGAAGAUCACUCUCAACUAA